CUAAACGUACAUACAUACAGAAGGAAAGGAGGGGGGAAAUAGAGGAGAGAAGGGGGAGCUCGAAGGGGGAAGAAGAGAGAUCGAGAGGGGGAGAUGGAGAGCUCGGGAGUCGGGGAGUAAAGGAAAAGGAGGAAGACACUGGGAUGAUCAAGAAGGCCUCGACUUUGUCAUCCUCGUGCAUCCGUCGUUGCUACCAUCAUCAAUCAGAGCUGCUGCGCAUGGAGAGAAGGGGAGACGACGCCGCUGGUUCUGUUUGGGAUCGUCGCUGCCAUUCAAGUCACUACAAGAGGAGAAUACCUCUGCUGUCAUUAACACAAAAGGGGGAGGAGCCCGUCCUUGCUGCUUUUGCCGCUGUCAAGGGGAAAGGAAGUGAGAGUGCCGUUGAACGAAACGCGAGAAGGGAGAAGACCUGUGUUCUUUCCUUGUUGUCGAUGCCAAAACCGGGACAGAUUCACCGGACAAUGCUCUGGUCUCUGGUUCCUGUUAUUCUGAGCACCAAAGCUGUUGCUCCAUUCCUGUCUUUCCUUGCCAUUAUUAAUUUUCCCCCCAAAGUUGCUGUUGCUGCUAUUAGAGCUGUGGUUGAUGCUGUUAUCCUCGCGUUAGAACAUGGAGGGUUGCUGCAUUUCCGAUUUUGUGUGGUUAAUGCGACAUCGAGUGACACAGGUUUGAAGACGCAAUUUGAAGCUGCGAGCGAUUAGUAGGUUUUCUUUAUUGUUUUAAUUGAUCUGGUAGAGUCCCCUCGCUGAUUGUCCCUUGAGAUUUUAUUUCAUAUAGAGGGGUAGGUUUGGUAUAUUGUAUUUGAGUUUUAUUUGGUUUCUUUUGUACAAGAAUUAUUAUCAAUAAUAUUUAUGUGAUUAUUGUUUG